GUCAGCUGAUUCUGUUUAUACUGUUUGCAGUUGUAACCUCUUGAACAUUACAAAGUUCUUAUUAUAAGUUCAGUUAUUAUAGUAUGUAAUACAUUGAAAGAGUUGUACAAUUUUAAUCACGAAAUGGAAGAUCUAAUCUUGCUAGAUAACUUUUUAUCGUCUUCUAGUAGUGAAAACAGUGAUGAUGAAAAUGACGCGAUCAUGUUUUUCAUUCCGCGUCGUGAACGUCGAAGAAUUCCUCGAAUCAAUAAUUACAUAGAAACUGUAAUUGCAAGAUACAAUAAUAAUGAUUUUAAAGAAAAUUUUCAUUACACGAAGAAUAAUGUUUUCCACCAUGAAAAAAAGAUACCAUGCAAACAGCUGACGCGGAACGAUUUCACAGUAACAGUACAGCAGCGGAAUUUCGAACGCGGACCGGACUGCUGUACCGCUGCUGGCGUUCCCUCUGGAACACACCCAGACGGAACGCGACCCGUGACAGUCAUGACUGUCACAUCGCACGCCAAUUAUGAAAAUGGACUCGACUACAGGCGGAAAAGAAUUUACAUUUCAUAAUUACAUUUUUAAAACGUUUCAUCGUCAAUUUUAUUAAAAGGAAAUAAAAUAAUUCAAUUAUUCUAAUUAUGAAUAGUUAUGUUAUUAAAUAAAAAGAAAUAUGGAUACCUUAGCUCAUAAUAGUAUUUGUAAAUUUAUUGUAUUCCCAGCCGCAAUGAAAAAAGUUUAUUAUAAAGUUUAAGAGCUUUAACAACCUUAUACAUUAUUAUUAAAUUACAUUAAUAUUGAUAUAUUUAUUAUAUAGACUUGACAAAGUAUAGGAAAUAAGUUUAAAGCGAAUUGCUCAACAAUUUAUAUUGUUAUUUACAAAAGUUUGAUUCCUUUAUAAUUUGAAUUAAAAAUAAAUGAUAAUUUUUGUAUAAAAUAUCAUGAAA